ACAUUAUUUGAGAGAGAGUACAUUAUAGAGUAGCGAAGCAACUCAAUCGUCAUAACAAUUUACUGACGUCAUACUCAUGUUCGCAUCACCGCACCGAGUCAACACGACCCGUGAUCGCGUGGUAAUUUGAAAUUUCGUAUUCGACGAACGUAUUCGACGGUGUAUCGUCGUACGGAAUGUGAAGUGUGUGACAGUAGCGCACGAAUCGUUCGCAAUGAAUCGUGAAAGAGUUACAAAUAUUGCCGCCGUGUAUUAAACUUGUACAAAUAAAGUGAAUAAGUUCAGAAACCAGAGAAAAUUGUGAAUUUUGUAAUAACAAAACAGUAAUAAUAGUGUUAUUGGAUUCUUUUAGUUCUGUGGAUCCAAACGCACCCGAUCUGCACGUGGAAACAUUUAAGGAAGUGAAUCAGAAUGUCAAAUUUUCAACGUACGCGCAGCAAGGUCUGGUGGGGUGAUUCACCGCCGAAUCUCGGCAGUCCCGUGGCUCAGCCUGCUGAGUGGAACCGAGAUAAUCGGACGCGAGAGGAACAACAAUGGGAACCUCAGCUACCCCACUGGAUAGCAAAUCAGCCGGAGCAACAAAGGAACAAUAGCGCCGAUAACAUUGCACAACCCAAUGCGCAGAUAAAUCAGUGGCCUUUAAGGCAUGGCAGCCCUGGCAGUCACAAAAGCCAAGAUUCCGGAUUUUCCGAUUCAGAUAGUUCGCCGCCCCCUUCGCAGUACUACGCGCCGCCGGAAACAAACGAGUCAAAUAAUAAAUCUUCUAGUAGUAGCGAUUCUAACAACAAUGAGAACGUUACGAUCAAACAUGUGGAAUUUGUGAACACGCCUCAGAACGUAGAUGUUGUGGAUAGCUCAAGGACAUCACCAAACAAUGAAGUCCCGACGCCCAAGCCAAGACUGCGUAGCAGUAGCGUUAUUCAAACUCCGUACGAUCUACAAAAAUAUUAUGAGAUACACAGAGAUGAAGAACACAUGGAUCUUUUGAAGGACAAGGGCCCAGGAGAAGAAAAUAAAAAUGAAGAUGAAAACUCUCACAAAAAAGUCAACAAUGAUAACUUAAAUAAAGAAAACACGAAACCAAUUUCAUCUAAGAACUACAAAGCUUGCAAUGUACUAAAGAACAAUAACGCAACUUUAAAUAAAAUAAGUAACAAAGAAUUAUUGAGUCCAAUAAAACAUGAUACCAAAGAAGUACCGAUUAAAAACAUAUCUGCUCUAAGUCCUUCAAAAAAGUAUCCAUUAAAGAAAUCGUUGGUGUCCAACACUGAAAACGAUAGUGCCAAAGUUAUAAAAUUAGCGAAAGUUAAAGACUUAGAAACAAAUAAUAAUAAUAAGUCUGAUGAAAGUUUAGAGUAUAUAAAAUUGUCUGACAACAAUGAAAUCGCAGUCAACAAUCAACCAAGAGUUCGUACGCCGAUUUCUAAUAUUUCAUACGUACCGACGGAAAGAUCAACCAAACCGAAAUACAAUCGAAGCAUCUCCAAUGAAAAUAAUUCUUCUCCUCUGACUACCUCCCCUAGGUUCGAAAGGAAUAGAUUAAAUAAAUCACUCAAUUUCGAAGCUCAGAAACUCGACCAACAAAUUCUUGAUAUCCAAGACGGCCACCACUCAUUGGGAUACAUUGAUGAAGACACGCCCACUGACGAAGUGCAGUACAGUAAAAAACAAAUCGAAAACCCUAUCAAAACAUUGCUGGCAAAGAACAUAAUGGACAGCCUACAUUUAAAACCAAACAAGAAAGCGGGACCCAAAGCGAAACAAAGAAUGGCAACAAAAGCCGACAGAACAAAAGAACUAUUCAGGAUAUUUCCAAAAAAGGAAAAAACAACUGUGGUAGGCACUCACGCUGGUGGAACUAUGGACGGUAGCAGAGUUCCGCCGCUAGGUCUCCCGAGAUCGAAUGAUCACAACAAUUGGGUAAUAGUCGGCUAUCCCGAAGUCGAAAUGCUGAUACCUCAUUAUAACGAAAGACUUGUGGCCACCGACAGCGACCUAAAUCUAAAAUCGAAGGACCAACCUGAACACGAAAAUAACGACAUCAAAAACAGCAGAGUAACCCCACCGCCUCAAUUCCAAGACAAACAGAAAACCCCAUACGAAUCCCAUACAAAAACCGACAAAAACUUAACACACGAUUCGAAACGUGAAAAAUUAAAGUUCCGAGAAGAAGAUUUGAAUUUUGCUGAUGUACAAUUAGAUUUAGCGUGCAUGUCGACCCCGAAAAUGCUAGCUCCUGACGAGUUCAUGAAUGGAAGGAACAGCGGCAGACAGAACCAAUCGCGUACCAAUCUUAUGACCGACUUCAACCGCAGCAGCAGAGUGGUCCUGAAUAACCAGAACGAGAUCUUGUAUAGAGAGAGGAGUAUCGACCAAACCCAGUUAGAACGUCUCUGCGAGAGGAAACCGGAGCCCGUGCAACAUUGGCUCUGUGACCUUAUCGGGUCUUACGAGAGUGAAUGCAUGACGACGCUGCAGAGUAAACCCAUAGGCGCGGAAAUGAAGGCCAUGGUAUCCGCCAGCUCAGCCACCAUCACGGGCAACAUCAAAAAAGUCCAAACUCAUGGACAGAUCAUCGUUCACCAGUACAGCGAUGUGCUUAGACAAAUCGAAGAUUCGAAACCGAGCGAGGAACAAAUAUGUUUGUUGGUCGCAAACAUCAAUGAGUUCGUAUUAGCUCACAGCAUCACGCUGAACACGAAACCGCCCGGGGAGACUCCCGAGAGAUGGGACAAGAUAAAGAAGUCGCUGCAACUGUAUUUGCAGAAACUAAUAGACAUAGGGGAAGAUGUAAAGAUCGAACUAAACGAAAGCAACGUCGAGUGGUACUUGGUAUUGAAGCAUCUGGACACUUUGAUUGACAUAUUCUUGGAGACUACGAAGGCUGUUUUAAUUCAGCAGAUGAAGACUUUAGUGUCGAUAAUAGAAGAACCUCCAUCGGACAUGAUCCUGAAGAGCACGCUCACUUCCAUCGGGCACUUGGCGAUGCUAAGCGAGCCGACCGAAAGCUCUCUUCACGAGAAGUGCUCCAAAAUAAUGAAGAGCAUAACAGAGCUUCCGUUUGUUGACUGCGCUGUACCGAGAGCUUUAUUGACAGCGAUUAUUGAAACAAAUAAAAGCUCGAUAAAAGCUUUGAGUUUGAGAGCUUUGGCGACCGUGUGUGUGACAGGAGACGCCGUCAAACAAUUCGAAGAGGGUGGUGGUAUUGAGAUAAUAUCAGACAUUCUCUCGGACCGGUCGAACCCGGAGCCGCAGAUGCGCGAGGCGAUCACCGUGCUCACUCAGAUCACGGCGCCCUGGCUGAGAGGACAUUACGAUUUGACUCAAUUACAUUUAUUCUUGGAUAAAAUCGUUGAAAACAUUACUGGUAUCUUGUCUCGCACCGAUUGCUGCCAGCUACUGUUGCUGUGCACGGCCUGUCUCGUGAACUUGGUACGAGAGCUGGAGGUGGAGAAGCGAGACGGCGACCGCACCAAGUCCGACAUCGUGGAGGUGAUGGACAAACAUCACACCGUCGAGAGGCUUCUGGACGCGGUGAAACGAAGGGGACCUUACAUAUCCGUGUUUUUGCAAGAGCAGACCGCGUCGCUGGUGUCGGUGCUGGCGGGCGUGCCGCGCUGCGUGCUGGCGCUGAGCCGCGCGGGGCGGGUGUGCGCGGCGCUGGUGUGCUUCACCAGGUCGCCGCCCUCGCCGCCCGCGCGCGCCGCCGAGCUGCGGGCGCAGACCCGCCUGCACUGCCACGCCACUGAAGCCAUCGCUAGACUAUCAGUGAUACCAGACGUGGCGCACCAAAUCGUCCAACUGGAAGGGGUGCCUCAUCUAAUCCGCUUGGUUAGAUCGCAGAGGACACGCCCCCAUCCGGAGAAAAAUCCCGAUCAAACUCUCAUACACUGCCUCAAAGCUCUGAGGAACAUCUUCAAGCACAUCCCCGAAGCGUUCGAAGAAUACCAAAAAGACGUACAAGAAAUGAUCCGACCUCAUUUAAUGGAGUCCCUAAUGUUGUUUUCGGCCAAACAAGAAAGCUACGUUUAACUUGUUCGAUUAAUAAUAUAUCUGAUUGAGACUGAACUAUGGAGGGAAGAGGUAAGAAGCACAUUCUCUGUGUGCUAUAAGUUUCCAACGAAAAGCGACCAAAGAAGGUGGCGCCACUGUAGCAAGUGGGUAAUAAAAAAAAAAGGAAAAAGUUAUCAUAUCAAAUUUCGACUCGACACUCCAAUCCAUAUUUUGUUUGUUUUCUGUUUUAUCGCUUGGAUGGGUAAACGAGCUCACAGCCCACCUGGAGUUAAGUGGUUACCGAAGCCCAUAGACAUCUACAACGUAAAUUCGUCACCCACCUUAAGAUAUAAGUUCUAAGGUCUCAAUAUAGUUACAACGGCUGCCCCACUCUUCAAACCGAAACGCAUUUAUGCUUCACGGCAGAAAUAGGCAGGGCGGUGGUACCUACCCGUGCGGACCCACAAGAGGUCCUAGCACCACCACCAUAUCCAUAUACUACAUUCAUAUCAUAUCAUUUGCUACUAACGCUAUUUUGGUGGGUUUUAGAGUUACAAUUUGCUACUUACAGCCGAAAAUUUAUUACACUUGCUUCCAUAGCAUAUUACCACACAGUUCUCCUUACUUUUACUCUGCAUAGACUGAAAUAACAAAGAAUGUUAGAAUUACAAAAUAGGUUGUAUGGCUGUCUACAAAACGUGGUUGGUCACGUGAUCAAAAUGCUUUGAGUGUAACCCUCUUUGUGACGUUACAAGUUGGUAAUGUCCUCAACUUUACCUAAAAGUGUUUUACUGAAACUUUUUAUCAUAUUACUGGCUCUAUAAGUAUUUGUUUGAUUUUGUUUUCUAAAUACAAAUACCAUUUUAAAAAGAGCUAUGACACUGACAUUUAUCCCAUUGCCAAAAUAACGGUAAUGACUAUUUUUAUUAAUGUUUAAUAUAAGUCAAGAGUCAUUUAAGUGCGAUGCCUUAGUAAGUGCGAUUCAAAAUGGCGGCGUUUUAUAUAUAUUAUACUGAUAUUAUCGUGCCAAAAUUUAUUACUCUAUCGCAACGCCACAGGUUCCAAAUUUGUCAUUUUCUAUUUUAGAAUCCAACAAUUCUAAUUAAAUAUCCUAACAUAUAGGGCAUAUUGAGAUACUAUGUAAGUGAAGACGAAUCCAUUGUAUUAUUGUCUUGAUAAAAUUGCUAUUUAAAAACCUUUGACAAAUGAAAAAAAAGUUUCGUGCAGUAUGGAUUCGUAUUCGCCAUGCAUUCCAUUCUUGAAAUAUUGUAAUUUUUAUAUUAAAUAAAAUAUAACAAAUAAUCAAAUGUUCAAUAAUUCAACGCUUUGUAAAUGUCGCUGUAGUUUUAAUACAUUUUAUGUUUCUGUCUUCGGAGGCCAUACUUGUGUAAUUAAUUUACUAGUCUUUUAGUAUUCGUUAGCCUUAUACAAAUACCUACAUGAAUUUCUAAAACAAAGUUUUUAAGUUAAGAAACAAACUUUAUUUAACCAAAGUGAUUAUCAAUUUUUUUUUGUAUUGGCAACAUUAAUUGUCAUGUUACCAGUACAAAACAUCAAUGGUAAUUUUCGGUGAAAUUGUAUAUUAUAAACGAAAGGCUACUAUUUAGCAGUUUUUUUAAUAAACGCGAUAGAACUAUGUCUAGUUUAGUAAAGACGUUUAUUAAUAAAGCCGUUAUAAUGUUACAUUUUCAUUCAUAUAUUAUUGGUCUAUGAACUGUACGUGAAGGUUUUAGUUUCAAUAAAACUAUAUUAUCUCCAAA